CUAAUGUAAACAAUAGAAGGCCAAGCACAGCAGUCUAAAACGUGACUGAACUGUACUGUUAACCAACAAAAUUACAAAGGCAAUGUUGACAGUGUCAGCUGAAUGGAGAGAAGGCUAGUUAAAGUUUAAACAAAAUGCCUGUCUUUUUGUGAUAAAAGAAAAAGUUGUCAUGACCUGGCCCAGAAUAAGAACAGGCUCUAUCGGCAUCAUUAGCAAAAUUACUUACCUGCUAAAAAGUGAAAUGACUACACAAAGUCAAAAGGCCACUUUGUCUCGACCUUUGUCUGAUAUGACACAGUUCAGAGAAGUAUUUAGUAAGGCUAAGCACAUUGUUGUACUGACUGGGGCAGGAGUAAGUGCUGAGAGUGGUGUACCAACGUUUAGAGGAGCUGGGGGAUUUUGGAGGAAAUGGCAAGCCCAGGAUCUGGCCACCCCACAGGCAUUUAAAUCAAACCCAUCGCUUGUAUGGGAGUUUUAUCACUAUAGGAGAGAAGUUAUGGCAAGCAAAAAACCUAAUCCUGCACAUAUAGCUAUUGCUGAAUGUGAAAAAAGAUUAAAAGAGCAAGGAAGAAAAGUUGUUGUAAUCACACAGAAUAUUGAUGAACUACAUAAAACUGCUGGGUCAGAAAAUAUUUUAGAAUUGCAUGGAAAUUUAUUUACAACACGCUGCACAAAAUGCAAUGAUGUAAAAAAAAAUCAUGAUAGCCCCAUUUGCCCUGCCUUGGCAGGAAAAGGAGAGCCUAAUCCUGAAUGCCAAGAUGCAAAAAUUCCUGUGGAUAAACUUCCUAUGUGUAAGAAAGACAACUGCAAAGGUUUGCUGCGACCUCAUGUUGUAUGGUUUGGAGAAGGUCUGGAUCCAGAUGUUUUGGAUCAAGCACAUCAAGAAUUAGGAGCAUGUGAUCUUUGCCUAGUUGUAGGAACAUCCUCUGUAGUUUACCCUGCGGCCAUGUUUGCCCCUGAGGUUGCUUCUCGGGGAGUACCAGUGGCAGAAUUCAACAUCGAGACAACUCCAGCAACAAACUCUUUCGGAUUUAUGUUUCAAGGUCCAGCAGGGCAGUUACUGCCCACAGCUUUAGCUCCACAUGAGAAUGAAAGAAAAUAAACUUUUGUACAAGUUUGUGUUAUCACAUAAUUAUUGAUGCUAAGUGUCUACAAUUGACUGCAAAUGUGAACUAGUAUCAUUUUGUGUACCAUGAGCUUUCUGCUAUAAUAAUUCAAUUGUAUAAAUUGGAAAUUUUUUUGUAACUAGAAUGUUUGACAGAGUAAGUGUAAGAUAAAAUGAUCUUUAACCUCCAUAAAUUUUCUAAGCCAAAUUAAACUUAAUUUUUUCAAUGAACUGGUAAAUGAUGUAUAUAUAGUGAAUGAACUUUUGUGAAUGAUGUAUAUAUAGUAAAUGUUAUUCAUUGUUUGGAUUGGUUGUGAUGUAUACUUUUUAAAUAGCCUUCCCAUUUAUCUUAUUUAAUAACAAAAUUCAUGUUUUUUGUGUAACUUGCAAGCUUUUAAAUUUAAUUUUUUAAAUUUGAAAGCUGAUGAUCAGAUCUUUUACAUAUUUUAAUGACCAAAGCUUUUAUGAAUGAAAGCAAAUUAAUUUUUAAAAUUUUUUGUUGCAUUUAAAAGCUUGCUGCUAUAAAGGUUUUUACAUUUGUUUUAUUUUUUAAAUCAUUGUCAAUAUAGUAGGAAGGCCGAGUGUAAGACAUAGCUUUGUCCAAAAGAAGUCUUGUUAAUCAUUAUUAAAAAUGUUAAUUACAGAUUCUGAAUUGAUGCUAUGACCUUAGAUGUUGAGCCAUACCUUCGAUAUCAUGAAAUUUAAAGAAAAUAAAAUGUUUAAAAAAGUGUUUGACCCAUGUUUAUAGAAAUAUAAUAAUUCUUAUACAGGUAACUAACAAUAUUUUUGAAGUGCACUUUUUUUAAUAUAUGCAAUAAAACAUUGCUAAUAAUAAUAAUUAAUGCCAAAAAACUUAAAAACUAGGAUCACAUGGUCACUGGGAUUUACAUAAGAGUUAGAUUACUGCAGCUAUAGUCUAACCUUAUUAUUAUUUAGUGCAUAGAAGGUUGACUCCUAAAUCUGAAUUGUGUUGGAGGAAUAUUACAAUUAAGAACCAAGUAGAAGAAAGUAACACAUGUAAUCUUUGAAAUUGUAUUUAAGUUUAGAAAAUUUUAAAUUUAUAAAAUUCAUAAUUUAAAAAAAGCAUACAAAGCAAUUAAAAAAAAAACCAAAACUUAAUAACCAGUGUUGCUAUAUCUUUGCUUCAUUUCAUACUGGGAUUAUGAUACUGACAUGUAUUAUAUUUUAAAA